GGCAGUCCCACCGUCCACUGUCAGGCUGCUGGGCCUCGGCUGCUCGGCUGCACUGCAGGUGCCCCCGGUCUCGGCUAAGGCUUCUGGUCCCAAGCGGUGGGUCUUCCGGCUGGGCUGCCGCUCUCAGAGCCCCUGCUGGCGGGUGUUUGGAUACUGGGGCGGGGAAAGAAGGAUUCUCUCAACAUGAGGUCCUCCCUGCAGGCAGUCGUGCUCUGGGGAAAGAAGGCCCCCUCCCACAGCAUCACUGCCAUCAUGAUCACUGAUGACCAGGCAACAAUUGUGACUGGAAGUCAAGAGGGUCAGCUCUGUCUCUGGAGUCUCUCACCUGAACUAAAGAUUUCAGCAAAAGAAAUUCUGUUUGGUCAUUCAGCUUCAGUAACGUGUUUGGCCAGAGCGAGGGACUUCUCUAAACAACCCUAUGUUGUUAGUGCUGCUGAAAAUGGGGAGAUGUGUGUUUGGAAUGUCACCAACGGACAGUGCGUGGAGAAGGCCAGACUUCCUUACAGACACACUGCAAUCUGUUAUUACCACUGCUCCUUCCGGAUGACAGGAGAAGGCUGGCUUCUGUGCUGUGGAGAAUAUCAAGACAUUGUUAUAAUUGACGCCAAAACCUUGGCUCUUGUUCACACCUUCACGUCAUCUCAGUCUCCUGAUUGGAUCAACUGCAUGUGCAUUGUUCACUCCAUGAGAAUUCAAGAAGAUGCUCUCUUGGCGGUAUCAGUGGCUGGUGAGCUCAAAGUGUGGGACCUCUCUUCAUCUAUCAACAGCAUUCAGGAAAAGCAAGAUGUCUAUGAAAAGGAAUCCAAAUUUCUUGACUCCCUGAACUGCCGGACAAUACGAUUUUGCACAUACACGGAGCGACUUCUAUUGGUGGUAUUUUCUAGGUGUUGGAAGGUUUAUGAUUACUGUGAUUUUUCCCUUCUGCGGAUGGAGGUCAGUAGAACUGGGCAGUUCUUUGCUGGUGGAGAGGUGCUGGCUGCUCACAGAAUCAUCAUCUGGACAGAAGACGGUCACAGUUACAUCUAUCAGCUGCUGAACAGUGGGCUUUCAAAAAGCACAUACCCUGCUGAUGGAAGAGUGCUUAAAGAGACCAUUUAUCCUCACUUACUGUGCUCUGCUUCUGUGCAGGAAAGUAAGAGCCUUCCCUUUGUUAUGGGCUAUAUGAAUGAAAGGAAAGAGCCUUUUUAUAAGGUACUUUUCUCCGGAGAAGUAUCAGGCAGAAUUACUCUGUGGCACAUACCAGAUGUUCCUGUAUCCAAGUUUGAUGGCUCUCCUAGAGAGAUACCAAUAACUACCACCUGGACCCUUCAAGAUAAUUUUGAUAAGCAUCAUAUUAUGUCACAAAGUAUUAUCGACUACUUCUCUGGGUUUAAAGACGGAGCUGGAGCUGCGGUAGUCACUUCAUCAGAGUAUGUUCCAAGUCUUGAUAAACUAGUGUGUGGCUGCGAAGAUGGGACGAUUUUCAUUACACAGGCUUUGAAUGCUGCCAAAGCAGGACUUCUAGAGGGCGGCUCUUUGUUAAAAGAUUCCAUUCCUUACAAAGUUCUUAAAGGCCACCACCAAAGUGUUAUUUCAUUACUUUAUCCACAUGGUCUCUCCUCAAAAUUAGACCAAAGUUGGCUGGUGUCUGGGGACCAGGACUCAUGUGUCAUCAUGUGGGAUAUCUUUACUGAAAAUAUUUUGCAUAAAUUCUUUUUGGAAGCUGGUCCAGUAACAAGUCUUUUGAUGUCACCAGAGAACAUCAGGCUCAGAAGUAACCAGGUAAUUUUCUGUGUGUGUGGUGACCAUUCAGUGGCUCUCCUUCACCUUGAGGAGAAGAGGUUUCUCUUUUGUGCCCGGAAGCACCUUUUCCCCGUGAGGAUAAUAAGAUGGCACCCUGUUGAGAAUUUUUUAAUAGUUGGGUGUGCAGAUGAGUCUGUUUACAUCUGGGAGACUGAAACAGGUACUUUGGAAAGACAUGAGACAGGAGAAAGAGCAAGAAUUAUUCUUAAUUCUUGUGAUGGUUCACAGUUUCUAAAGCCCGAAGCUGUACUUUCAGUUGCCUCAGAAACCCAUAAGCACAAAAGUGUGGAACAGAGAUCCUCCAGCUCCUACCAGUUUGGGCCAAUACCUUGCCCUCCUCUGCAGGUGGAGUCCUCAUGUAAGGUUGCUGAUGCCAAGUCUUUCUCAGGUCCUUUUAAUGUCUUGUCUGUGAAGACAACAGGGAGUAACAUUGGCUUUCAUAUUCUUCUAUUUGACUUGGAAAAUCUUGUUGAACUUCUGCUGUCAAUGUCAAUCUGUGAUAGUGACCCUUCAAAUUCAUUUUAUGGUAGUGAGAUGCUGAGAAGAGCCAAAAGUACAGGGGAGAAGAAAACACUGACGCUGAAAAGAAAUAAAACUGCCUGUGGUCCCCUCUCAGCAGAGGCACAAGCCAAGCCUGUUAGUGAAACCCCAGCCCAAGGAGAUAAUUCCAUCAUAGUUUUAGAAGAAAAUGAUGGCAUUAAAAGGCAGAAGAAAAUGAAGAGCUCCAAAAAGACACGCCCUACAUCAUCAAGAAAAUUUGAUGCCAACCUCAUCAUAGAUGCAGCCAAAUUGCUCCUCUCCUGCCUCUUGCCAUGGGGAGUGGAUAAAGAAUUAGAUAAUCUCUGCAUUAAGCAUCUCAAUAUUUCGAAGCUUCAGGGUCCAGUUUCUUUAGGACUUGCCUCAAAUGAAGAUCACUUCUCGUUGAUGCUGCCAGGCUGGGAUUUAUGCAAUGUGGAAAUGAAAAAUGACUAUUCAAAAGGAAAUUUAUUUUCCAGGAAAGUUUUGGACUUGUCAAAUAAGUAUGCAUCCACUCUUUCAAGUCAGGCCCAGAUGCCAAGAGGACUGGGAAAUAAUUGUGAUUCUUUGCAUGAGGCAAACACUAUAGUCUAUUUAUUGAGAAGAUUAUUUUUAGUCAACAAAUUAGUUAACAUGCCUGUAGAAUUGGAGUAUGGAAUUGAUAGCUCUUUCAAAAUGGAAUCCAUGCACAACAAAGUGAAAAGUCCUGGGAAUGAUAUUCUGCAUAUUUCAAGCUUCUACAGUUACUUACGGAAUGGUAAGAAUGAAUCCCAUAUACCUGAAGCUGACAGUUCACUUUUGAAACUAAUUUCCUGUUGGAGAGACCAGUCUGUGCAGGUAACUGAAGCAAUACAAGCUGUCCUUUUGGUGGAAGUUCAACAGCACAUGAAGACCUUGAGAAAGACACCAAUCAACAAUCAACCUGGGUCCAUGACUGAAACAGAUAACUAUCAGGUGAUACAGACGCGGCCAAAGAUGGAAUGGACCGAGGAGCUGGAGUUACAGUGCAUUACAGACAGUUUGCCACUGCACACUUCAGCCAGUCUGGUCAAGCAUGACAGCAACUCAGACUCGGCAAACUUCCAAGACACUGAGGACAUGCCUGACAGAUGUGUCCUGAAAGAGUCUGAGAGUCCAGGUGAGCCAAGGCAUCAUUCAUGGAUAGCAAAGAUGUGCUUCUGCAAGCUGUGCUAAAGGAAAUCUCAUCUAUAGGAAUUGGAUUUGGGUGAAUUAAGAAACACAUCAUUUGUUUAUUGUGUGUAUGCUGUGUGAGCAUUGAUCAAGAUAUUAGGUUGUAGUAGAUUUGCUAAUACUUUAACCAAAGUAUAUUGAAAGUGUAAUUACUGAUAGAAAUUAUCCAAAUUUAUCUAAUUUUAGAAAAUCAUUGUAUAAAUCAUCAUAUAUUCAUUCCUGUUUCUUACUUUUAUUUUAAUCUUUUCAACAAGGAAUCCUAGCCCACAGACAUAAAUUUAAUACCAUUUUAGGUUUUCUUCCAUCUUUUCAGUUCCUGAAUUAUAUAAUAAGCAGCAUUAAAACCACAUUGCUUUUAAACAGUGUAACACACAAUGCUUUUAAAAUGUAAUGUUGCUUCAAUGUAUUUAAUCUAAAACUUUACCAAAUUUGUUUGAUUUGUUAGGUUAAAACAUUUGUUUUAGUAGAUGCUUUAAUUCAGAUCAAUCACCCUGCAGUAAAUCUAAUCCCUAAGGAUGAAAUGUUGUCAACAAAUAGCCAGUUCCAUUUAGUCAUCAGUUAGCCCAAAUAAGUGAUACAUAGUAAAAUAGGGACUGAUCUCAUGCAGUUAAGUUUCAGAUUUCUAACAACAUAGAAGCUUGUGCCUUUAGCUAAAGGUUGAUCUUGUUGGUCAUAUAGAGGUGAAUUAGGGAAGAAGACUCUAUUUCUAGCAUAUCAUAAUUGAUCCUUAUGAAGUAUGCACUCUUAUAGUUCUUUUCUCAGAAAGAAGCUUGACUAGCAGGAAUUCUUAAACUAAAAUAUGCGAAGCAAUGUAAAUAGGAACAGACAUAAAGUGCUCAUCUAUUAUGGUCCUUAGUGAGCUGAUGUAUUUGCUGUGAUUUAUAUUGUAUAUUAUUCCCCUUUCAAAGAAGCAUAAAAAUAAGUUUAAACCAUUGCCAAAUUUAACACUUACUAAGGUCUAAGGAAACCAAUACUGAAAACUCGAUAAAUAUUUUAUGAUGUCACUAGUUAUAGGAAAUGAUAACUGACAUAAUCCUGACAUUACUAACUGAGAUUUUAAAGAUUUUUGGCAUCAUUUUGUAGUUGCUAAUAUCAAUAAUUAAUAUUACAUGGCUAAUUAAAACAUUUUAUCAAUAGGAAGUUUGGAAGCCAACACCAUUAAUGAUAAAUAAUUUUAAUUCCUAAAACUGAGAAUUUUAGAGAUUCACAUUUAAGAUAAUAUUCCCUAAUAUCCAUGUGUAAUUUGUUUUUUAAACAAGUCUAGUUUCUUUAAAAUGAUUUUCUUAUAUUGACUUAUGUUCAGCACUUCAGUAAUUUCUGUUGUAAGAAAAACUUGAAAUAGCAAGUUGUCAGACAAUUAAUUGGAUCAACCACGUGGUGACCCUAACCACAACUAGACACUCACAACUUGAUUACAUGUCUGUGCUUUUGGAUGGCCUGGCCUUCAGUAACAUGUGGAGGAACUGUGUCAGUGAGCAAACAUGUUUGUCUCCAGAGUCUUCCUUGUCAUUGUAAUAAAUGAUUCAUUAAAAAUA